AUGAACAUGCAGAGUAUAAAGUGUGUCGUGGUAGGAGAUGGAGCCGUAGGAAAGACAUGUCUGCUGAUAUCAUAUACCACGAAUGCAUUUCCCGGAGAAUACGUACCAACCGUAUUCGACAACUAUUCAGCAUCAGUCUUAGUGGAUGGUAGACCAGUAUCAUUGGGAUUGUGGGACACAGCUGGACAAGAAGAUUACGACCGUCUUCGUCCGUUAUCGUACCCUCAGACAGAUGUAUUCCUAGUUUGUUUCUCGGUAGUUUCGCCUCCAUCCUUUGAGAACAUACGCACGUGGAUCCCAGAGAUAGCUCACCACGCACCGGGCGUACCGAUAAUCCUCGUCGGGACAAAAUUAGACUUACGUGAAGACCCAGUAACAUUGCAACGUCUAAAGGAAAGGCGAUUCUCUCCUAUCACGUAUCAGAUGGGUGCCCAGUGUGCGAGGGAUGUUGGCGCUGUCAAGUAUCUAGAAGCGAGUAGCAAGACGCAAAAAGGACUCAAAAACGUAUUUGACGAAGCUAUCAGAGCUGUCUUACAGCCUUCGAUAGGUCAGAUGAACCCUGGUGGAAGCAAGAAGAAGAAGAAGCAGUGUGUGAUCUUGUAG